AUGGCCAGAACCAAGCAAACAGCGAGAAAAUCGACGGGUGGCAAAGCUCCAAGAAAACAAUUGGCUUACAAAGCUAGAAAAGCAAACAGACCUUUCCCUUCCCGUUCGUUGGCAGGUCCUUUUUCUGAUGAGGAAAAAGCAAUUUUUGUGAAUGGUUUGAAAAGAGCCUUCGAUGGAAGUGAAGAAUCAUCAAAAUUUGAUGUAAAUACCUAUGAAGGAGCUUCACAAUUAGUCAAAUUUUGGAUUUUCCAAGAUCAAAAAAGAAGAAAAUUGAAACCAAUGGUAGAGGAAGCUAAAUGGAAUGGCAGCUUUGAAUUGCUUCACAAUCUUCCUAUGGAUAUCAAGUAUGAAAUUAUUGAUUUUAUUCCAACCUUUUCCUUGAGAGAUUUUUACAAAAUCAAGUUAGACGAAUUCACUGAACAGAUGAAGCUGGCACAAGUUGAAGAUAUUUCUAAAAUUGUAUGCAAAGGACUGAAUUUGUUUGAAACCUUUACAAAGAGAUCUUUUCAAAAUUUGUACUAUUCAGAUCCUCUCUAUAGAAACUAUUACAAGAAGAGACUAAUUAACAGAGAAUAUGCAUUAAGAAUGAAACAAAGGAUAUUGAAGUUGGAUGAGUUUGAUAUUACAGAUAUUGAUUAUGAUAUUGGUUCUGUAAAGAAAGACAAACUAUUGCACUUCUUUUCGUUGGUUAAGGAGAUGAAUGAAAUUGACACUGUUGACUUUAAUGAUGUGGUCAUUCACAGAAAUAUUGAAAAAAUCAAGUCAUUGGUAAAUGGAACCACCACAAAAAGAAAUGAAGAUGAUUACGAGUCACCUUGUGAAGAACCAAUGGAUGAUACUGAUUCAAUUAGUAAUGAGCCUAAUGUAACUGUAUCAUUUGAUGAAAUGGAGCUACUUUCUGAGGAAGAAAUGAAAAAGUUAGAAUCAAAAUCUAUUGCCAUACUGCAGGAAUCAGAAAGAGGAUAUUAUAAUACUCGUAAUUACAAUAAGUUUAACAAGCAAGAUAGUAAAUCUUUUAGAAAGCAAGCGAUGUAUUCGUAUGCUAUACCAUUGGAACUAAUAGGAACUGGUGCUAUUCCACAAGAACAAAAUUUUACUCGUGCCUUUUCUCACGAAGAGAUUAUGGAAAGGCUUAAGGAGUUUAUUGGAAUUAAUUCAUCCAUUAAGAAACUUUCUGUCAGAGGUCUAGAUGUCGGCUUUACAAACACUGCCAUGGACAUCUGUAAAGGAAUAACAGAUCUUUCAAUACUUUUAUGUGAGUACGUGGAUUAUUUUGAGUGCUUUAAAGAAGUCCUACCAAAUCUCAACAAGCUGACUAUUAAUGGAGUUUCUUCUCAUUACUCAAUUAGUUUUAUGGAAAGCUUUAUGAUUGAGGAAUAUAUUCAACCUAACUGUGUUGUUGAUUUAGGGUUUGCUACAGGCACUGACACAUAUUUCUCGGAUUUUUUAAAUCGUUAUGUUGAAGAUCAAAACGGUAACAAGACUCCAUUGAAAAUUACCUCAAAACUACUCUCAACUGAAAACGUAACCGAAUAUGCCGACUUUUUAUUGAGGUUUAUAGAAGGAGUAUCUUUCGGCCAAUUGUUUUCUGAUUUUGAUAUGAAAAAGAAAUUGGUAGAUUACUUGAAAUUUGCUCGUUUUCUAUGUGUGUGA